AUGUUGGCCGUAGCGAUCACCGCUGAGCUCACUGGGGUGACCGACCUUCAACCGGAGGACACUCAGGACACUCCGUUCUACUACACCUUCAAGGUCCAAUGUACAUCAUGUCGCGAAACGCAUCCGAACUGGGUGUCCGUAAGUCGCUUCGAGACCAACGAGCAAUCCGGCAGUAGGGGAGAGGCGAACUUCGUGUGGAAGUGUCGCAACUGUAAGCGCGAGCAUUCUGCCAACAUUGUAGAAGCGCCCAAAGCGUAUCCGCAGCAAAGUCCGGCUAAGCCGCAGAAUGUCGUUAUCAUUGACUGCAGAGGACUCGAGUUCACUGAGUUCAAGGCAGAUGGUGCAUGGAGGGCUACGGGAGUCGAGUCCAACACCAAAUUCUCUGAUAUUGACCUUACGGAGGGCGAAUGGUUUGACUACGAUGAGAAGGCGGGCGAGGAAGUGAGUAUCAAAGACAUCAAGUGGCAGGUGAGGCGUGCUUGA